CACACACAGAGAGAGAGAAAGCGAAUAACCAUUCUGUUCUCAGGUCAGCCCUCUCACUCCUGUCAGCUUUCAUCUGAGCCUCUCGGAAGUCUUUGUUUGAGUAAACUCUCGCCUGUCGAAGUGAAGAUGUGUGUCGUUGUUGCGGCUCUCCUGUUGUUAUUCCUGAGCGGAUCCACAGAGUUCGCCGAAGCCUGCAGUUGCUCUCCUGAACAUCCCCAGCAAGCCUAUUGCAAUGCGGAUGUCGUCAUCAGAGCCAAAGUAGUCGGACGGAAGGAGGUGGUUACCGGCAAUGAUGCCUACGGCUAUCCAAUCAAAAUGAUCCAAUAUGACGUCAAACAGAUGAAGAUGUAUAAGGGCCCUGAGGGAGAGAUCGAGACCGUCUUCACGGGCCCCUCGUCAGCGCUGUGCGGGGUCACUCUCGAGACCAAUAGCAAGAAGGAAUACCUGAUCACAGGGAAACUGGAUUCCAAUGACACGUUACGUGUGAAUCUUUGCGACUACAUUGAAUCUUGGGAGUCUCUGAGUCUGACACAGAAAAAGAGCUUGGGUGAACGAUAUCAGAUGGGCUGUGAUUGCAAGGUGGUCCAGUGCUCCAGCAUCCCCUGCUCCAUCAGCGGCCCCAUGGAGUGUCUGUGGACGGACUGGGUGUUGGAGGGAACGGUUCAGGGCAUUCAGGCUCAGCUCUACACCUGUGUGAAGAGGAAUGACAGCAGCUGCGCCUGGUAUCGGGGAUCCGCUCCGCCGAAAAAAGAUUUCAUGGACAUUGAGGAGCCAUAAACUAGUCCUCAGUUUCAUCAGUCUUUCAGAAACCCCCCUCAAACACAGCAACCAACUCACACCUUAAAUGAUGGCAUUAAAUGUCUGGGCCAUGAACCCCCAAAAAAGAUAUAGAUGGUAAUAUUUUUGUAAUAAAAUAAAUAAUGAAUCUUAUUUUGCGUAAGAAAAAAUGAACUUAAAAUAUCACAAAGAUGCCCUCCUCUGAUUUUUAUUGUGGUAAUAUGAAUUACAAAUAUAUAUGUUUAAAUGGUCUAAAGUCAAAUUUGAAUAUCAUACAUUUAAUUUAUGCUGUUUUUAAUUUAAAACAAAGAUCCAUACAGUAUUAUUCACAUUAUUACAGUAGUACAAGUACUUAAAAUCACCAUUGACUCGUAUAAAUAUGUUACUAUGUGUUGAGAAUUUAAUGCAGUGAAUAUAAUGAAAAAUAAUGUGGUGUUCUGUAUUGUUCUUUUGUGUGAAUUGUGAUGCUGGCAUUUCUGUGUAAUGUUACCCCAGACAUGACAUACUGUACAUUCAGUUGCAUGUUAAUAUAUCAAGUGAAUUUUACCUCUUGUGUUGAAAUAUUUUUAUGACAGGCAGAAAAGUUUCUCUUAAGCACUUUGAGAACCCAAAUGUUGUUGUUUUUUUUUGUAAUAUUGUUGAUCUCCAAUAAAGAGGAAAUUGAUUACAA